AUGAACUCCAGCGGCACAAUUGAGGAUCAAAUUCGACAGGUCGACAAGAUCAUUAAGGAAUGCGAGCAUUCACGGAAGACAUUGGAGCAAGUAAGUCGUCGUCUUGAUGAUCUGGCAGAUGAGGUGAAACGUUAUCGUGAUUUUCUUGGACACGAGAAAGCGCAUCGUGAUCCGACUGUGUACAAGACUGGAAACGCGGAACGUGUUACUUCGCACAAUGAGUCGAUUUGCGGUACAUUGAACAAUCUCACAGCGCAGCUCUCAGUGGAAUGGGCCGAGAAACUGCGCAACAUUUACAACAAUUUGCAUUCGCCGCCUCCAUCGACUCCUGGAUCGCGCAGCUCGGAUCAAUCGAAAUUACCAAAGCUUUCAACUAGCAAACCGACGUUCAAAAUGGCCCAUCACCGUCAAAGCCCAAUUGAUAUUAUCGCCGAUCAUGUUUGCCACGAUGGCGAAACAUGCAAGCCGGAUACCUUGAAUAUCAACUAUUCUCCAGGAGACUGCUGUGACGUCAUCGUCAACGAGGGCGGCUUCCGUGUCAAUGUGAAAAAGAACUGCAAUACUUAUUUGAAUGCCAGCCAUCUUCCUGGCAAUUACCAGCUUGCUCAAUUCCAUGCUCAUUGGGGAUGCAAUGCCUCAGAGGGCUCCGAGCAUUUGCUCAAUGGCAAAAAGCUCAGCGGAGAGGUUCAUUUCGUUUUCUGGAACACCAAUUACUCUUCAUUCUGCGAGGCUCUUGAAAAGGAUGAUGGAUUAGCGGUUAUCGCAGUUUUCCUCAAGGAAGGAAAAUACAAUGACAACUACCAUGGAUUGAUUGAUGCGGUUCGCAAGGCUUCUGGAAACUCGAGUCCAGUCGCUAUUCCAAAAGACUUCCAUUUGGAGCAACUCUUCCCAGCACCAGAGCACAGAGAUUUUGUCACCUAUCUUGGAUCGCUUACCACCCCGCCAUUCAAUGAGUGCGUCAUCUGGACAAUUUUCACCGAGCCUGUCGAGGUUUCUUUCGGACAGCUCAACGUUCUGCGUAGCAUUAUUCCAUCGAAUCAUCGCGCAUGCCAAGAUAGAUGCGGACGUAUCAUAAAAUCGUCCAAAGUCCUCGAUUUCUAA